CAUGUCAAUUCCGCGCACGGGCACCGGUCAUGCCAUGCACGCCGACGCCAACUGCACGUACCAUCGCCAUCUACCACGUGGCGCGCCGCUUUCAAAUGUGUUGCAGUGUCGCGUCUCCCUCCUGCGCCACGUCGUGGCCGCUAUUUGCGGGACGGGUGGAAACUUUGCGCGGAGGAGACCUGAAGCUCGAAUGGGCGGAAGCUCGAAUGGGCGGAAGCUCGAAUGGGCGGACAGGAGAUGGCGGGGGAGGGAAAGACACAUGCGGUGGGAGUUACGGGUCGCUUCUAUCCGCGCUACUGGGGAUACGUGGGGCGGCAAGUCGGACGAGUUUUCUCGCGCUCGAGCGAUCGAGCGAUCGAGAGGGGAUCGAGAGGGAUCGAGAGGGAUCGAGCUUCUGCUAUGCCGCCUCCUGACUUGAAGCCUUCUCUUCAUAAUAAGUGGGUCUUACGUGCGUCGCUGCGAAGCUCUUCUGCGCGGGGCUGGAGACGGCUCCCCGAAAGAUCCGCCAGCCGUGGAUCGUGGCUGCACAGAUUCCAGAUCGGUGCAAGGUUCAGCCGUGAUUGGAUUCAACCGUGAUUGGGUUCAGCCGUGAUUGUGGAUCAGAUUCAAGGCGUUGAAUCGUUGACGGAGCAUGGCUCAUCACCCGCCUUGUAGCGCUCGUUUAGGCGUCACUUGUGCAACUAGCCUGGCCGCUAGUAGCAUGGCUGCUAGUAGCGUGGUUGCUACUGUUGCCGCCGCCACAGCGCGCCGAUGGCCUGCGCCCAUAUUUUGCAGCGUGCGCCAUCCUCUGGCCUCGACCUUCUCAGUAGGCGGACUCCACAGAACGCCACUGUCAAGGACAGUUGACGGAGGACGACGCAGAUUGAUUCUCACGAGCCGGAUAGAGAGCAGCAGCAGCGGUGGCAGCGGCGGCAGCAGCGGCAGCGGCGGCAGCAGCAGCAGCAGCAGGGAGGAUGGAUUUUCUUGGACUGCUAGGCGCGUGGAGAGGAGGAGAGCGGGUGGGCGGAAGGGGAGAGGAGGGGGAGGAGGGAGAUUUGGGGAGACGCUGGAUGAGGAGAAAAGCGAGGGGAAAGGAAGGGGUGACAAUAUGAAGAAGGAUGGUGACUAUAUGGAGCAGUUAGGUGAUGGUGGUGGGAAGGGUGGAACGCAGAAGCAAGGCUCUUUGUCACGGACAUCAUCAUCGGUGGCUGAACCAGUUUCAAAUUCAAACUCAAACGCACUGGAUAAAGCCAGGCUUGUGUUUUCCACUCAGGUGGCAGCCCUCCCCGCCCGCCUGCACCAGAUGCUACCUCCCCUCUCCUCCCCGCACUCCCGAAACCUACCCUUCCUCCUCUCCUCCUCGCUGCUCCUCCUCAUCCUCAUCCUCCUCCGGCUCCAUCGCACCAUCGGUCGCACCUGUCUCGCAGCUUUCGCCGUGGCACAUCGUCUGUUCGUCGCCCGGCUACCCCCUGCUGUGGGUUCUGAGGACAGUCUGCAGCUGCGGAGGAGGGCUGAGCGUGUGCUGCGGAGGAGGGCUGAGCGUGUGGUUCAAAAAGGGCAGCGGCAGCAGGAGGAGGAGGAAGAGGAAGAGACAGCAGCAGCAUGUGCGUUGGGUCCUGAGGACAGUCUGCAGCUGCGGAGGAGGGCUGAGCGUGUGGUUCAAAAAGGGCAGCGGCAGCAGGAGGAGGAGGAAGAGGAAGAGACAGCAGCAGCAUGGCAGCGGCAGCAGGAGGAGGAGGAAGAGGAAGAGACAGCAGCAGCAUGUGCGUUGGGUCCUGUGGACAGUCUGCAGCUGCGGAGGAGGGCUGAGCGUGUGGUUCAAAAAGGGCAGCAGCAGCAGGAGGAGGAGGAAGAGGAAGAGACAGCAGCAGCAUGUGCGUUGGGUCCUGUGGACAGGCAGCGGCAGCAGGAGGAGGAGGAAGAGGAAGAGACAGCAGCAGCAUGUGCGUUGGGUCCUGUGGACAGUCUGCAGCUGCGGAGGAGGGCGGAGCGUGUGGUUCAAAAGGGGCAAAAAACUGAUCCACUUGAGGGGGAAGAGACCACAGGAGCGGCAGCAACAUCACACGCCCUGUGUUCUGAGGAUAUCUUACAGCAGCGGAAGAGGGCUGAACUUGUGGUUCAAAAGAAGACGCAGCCCCAGCAGGAGGAGGAGGAGGAAGAGACAGCAGCAGCAGGGCCAGCAGUAGUGCUACGAGCUUUAGAUUCUGAAGACAGCUUGCAGCUGCGGCAGAGGGCUGAGCGUGCCGUUGACAAGGGACAGCAGGAGGAGGAGGAGGAGGAAGAGGCAGCAGAGGUGGCAGAGGCAGCAGAGGCAGCAGAGGCGGCAGAGGCAGCAGAGGCGGCAGAGGCGGCAGAGGCGGCAGAGGCGGAAGAGGCGGCAGAGGCAGCAGAGGCGGCAGAGGCGGCAGAGGCGGCAGAGGUGGCAGAGGCGGCAGAGGCGGCAGAGGCUGCAGCAUCAGCGUCACGUGCGUUGGGUUUUGAAUGCAGCCUGAAGCUGCAGAAGAGGGGUGAGCUAACCGUUGAAAAGCGGCAGCCAGAGGAUUCGCACGAGGGGGAAGACGCAGCAGCAGCAGCAGCAGCAGGAGUGUCAGCAGUAACAGUGCCACGUAAUUUGUGUGGGGGAGCAGGGGAAAGAGGGGUUGCAGCAGAGGAAGAAGCAAGGGCAGUGGCAGGGACAGCAUGGGAAGCAGAGGAAGCAGAGGAAGCAGAGGAAGCAGAGGAAGCAGGGCAAGAAUACAAGGCGAGAAUGGAGGUUAACCAAUCUGACAAGCACAUGACGUCCACAGCAGAACCACCCGACACUGGGGGAACAGCUCUGCCUGUGAACGAAGAUAGAGAAGGAGCUGUAGCCUCCUCCCAGGGGGGGAUUUACAGAAAGGGAAGGGGCGAGGUUGAGGGGGAAAGGAUCAGAUUGGAUCUGAUUGUUCCUGAUUGGUGGCAGGAGGCGUGUGAUGAGCUGGCCUUGCAGCGAGCACAGGGGCUGGUUGGAGGCUCGGGCCGAGCCGGGCAGACAGGUUCGGGAGGCGUUUCGGUGAAAGACACACGAUUUGCUGUGAUGGGUGCAUUGGAGCAUUUCAACUCAUCCCGCCACAUCCCACCAGAGGCUCUCCUCCAGAUCUGGGCUGCGUGGCGAGCAUCUGGUGACACGUGGCACACCCACAGGGAUUCUGUGCAGAUGAUUGUGUUCAGAGCUGCUGUCCAGCUGGCACUGGAUGAAUGCAUGGGCGGUGACACGCUCUCGUCUCCGCACCUCCUUCCCACCUCCUCCGGCCCGCUAUUCCUUGUCGGGAUCGCAGCCGCCGUUGGCAUUGCACCCGCUUUGGCAGCCUCAGCUGCACGGAAGGGAGUGGCUAGUAGACUGGCAGCUGAGCUCGUUGCUUGCAAUGAGUUGAUGAAGGCCUUUAAGUGGAAAAAGGCGAACGUCAAGUUCCAGCGAAUUGCAAACCUUCUUUCUACAUUCACUCCUCCAGCAAUCUCGCCGGAGCUAGCGUCUUCAGCCCAUCUUCUAAGUGACAUGCUGUCUCACCGGCAGCGGGAGGAGCUGGCAUGGAUGUAUGGGAAGGCAGCUGGCCCCAAGCAUGUGGGCCUCGUGAGGCGAGCUCUAGGAGUGUGAUGCUAUGAUCAGCGUUUUCAACCUACCUUUCUUCUGCGACGCUGCCGUAAUCCUCGUAGGAGUUUGAGCCGGUAUGGAUCUAUGAGAAGACAGUUGGUCCAACCGUGCAUGUGGCAAAAGUGAGCUUACCUGUUGGAGCAUGGUGGACAGUUGGCUUAGAAUUGGGCGGUUGUGAUCAGCUAGCCCUUGGAGUGUGAAGGAGGGUUGGCCAAUGCCAUACAGCAGCAGGUGAAGCGGGCAUGGAUGCGUGAGAAGACAUCUGCUGUGGCACACUUGCAGCUGAUCCAAUCCAAAGCAUGGAGCACUUGUGAUGUGAGCUAAGAUUCUUUUGAGCAAUAUCCUCGAUUUCGCUCGCUGGUAGCUAGUUGGAAGGUAUGCUUCCACGAUGGAAUGAGCUAGGCUUGAAUGAGGGUAAAUGACUGGAAAAUUGUACCCUGCCAUGAUAUUGUCUUGCAUCAGUAAGGAUUGUGCA